AUGCACGGGCAUGCGCACCACAGCCAUGCGCGCAAGGUGGAGGAACUAGAGGAGAGGGGAGAGGUCGUGAUUGUUUACAAGACCAUGGCUCCGGACUUUGAAGGAAAAGUGGGAGGCUAUGUAACUGGCGUUCAACCCCUCGUUGCCACGGAAGUGCACGCUGGUGUUGGCGCUCCUGUCAGCGCACCUGCAAGGACUAAGGAACAAACAACCGAGACCCAAGCUAUAGAUGAGGCGACAACAACCAAUGCGGCAGCAAACGAGGCGGUACCAACCGAUGUGACAACAACCGAGGCGAAAGAGGAACCGACCACUAUCAAAGAGACCGUGGCCCACACCACUCAUGGAACUGAAGCGGAGACCACUGAGGUUACCAAGGCUGAAACAACCGACAAGAAAAUCACCAUUACAAGUGAGUCGGGGGCUCCUAUCACAGCAACCUCCUUUGUGACUUCAGCAUCGCCCACCUCGGACUCUUCCCAGAAUGUCAACGAUCUUUUCGCAGCAACCUCCACGGGAUCGGCCAAAGACUCUGCUGUAUCGGCCUCGUCAACUGCGCUCGGAUUUACUACGUCUGAGGGUAUGACUAGCGGUGCAAAGGCCGGUGUGGCUAUCGGUGUUAUUUUCGGCAUUGGUGUGAUUGCUGCCCUGAUCUUCUUCUUUGUCUACAAGAAGAAGAGAAGACAGGAGGGAUAUCAGCCCGAGAAUGAGAAGACCAUCGGUAGCGAAGGCCUGCCAGAUGGUAUUGCUGCAUCUUUCCCACCUCCACCUCCACCUCCUUCCAAGCCGCAGACUCCUUCGACUCCCCCGCAGCUUAAUGUUCGUCCCGUGACUCAAUUCGCGCCUGAUCUGAGCGCCAGCGGCGGCUUGAAUCCAGCCACCGAUGGUGCUUCUAAGAGUUUGAGCCUAGCCACUGCUGCUGUUACAGGUGCUGCAGCUGGCUCGGCCGCUUGCGCUUCUCGUAGUCUCACUGAUGAUUUCCGACCUCCCACUCCGCCAAAGUCUGCUGGGAGUGACUCUAACCCGUUUAGUGACCCUGUCAAUCCUUUCAAUCCAGCUACCACCUCUGUUACCCAGACCGCGCAUUCGGUAGUAGAACCAGCUACUGGACCAUCUGCAUCAACCUAUGAGUCAUCUGGAUCGACCGUCACCGCUGCCGCGGUCGGUGUUACAGCCGAGGGUGUUGCAGCAGGUGUUGCUGCUCCUUCAUCUCGAUCGUCCAAUGAUUCUGAGCGGUACCAUUCCGCCGAAUCACGCAGCCAUUCCCCAACUGGCUCGACCCAAUCCGUCACAGCCCCUGCUGAUGCUGCCGCUGUCACGGCUGUUGCUGCCGGCGCUGGUGCCGCAGGAGCUAGAGUCGCAGCAGGUGCCAAGGCUGCUGGCCCAGCACCCCCUAACAAUGUUUACCGUGUGCAAAUGGAUUUCAACCCCUCAAUGGACGAUGAGCUUGAACUUCGCUCUGGAGCUCUUGUACGCAUGGUUUACGAGUACGACGAUGGAUGGGCUCUCUGCAUGCGCCUUAACAGCCCCCAGCAAGGAGUUGUCCCACGCUCUUGCCUGUCGGCUCGCCCUGUGAUGCCUCGCGCUCGUCCACCCCCGGGCCCUCCUGGCUCUCGCGGUCCACCCAUCAUCGGCCCUGACGGUCGCCCAGUGAUGCCUAGAGGUCCGCCCGGUCCAAGAUUCUAUCCUCAAGAUACCCGGCCGAAACACCCAGGUGGUUCCGGCGUGUCUGGACCUCCGCCUUCUCGUCCUUACCCUGGCCCCGGGUCUGCUGUCCAGUUCCCGCCAGUUCCCCGCUCAAUGUCUCCGAGAUCGCGUGGAAUGCCCAGCCUGCGCUCAAUGUCUCCCGGACCUGGUGGCAUACCUGGCCCUCGGCCCGGCCCGCGCUCGAUGAGCCCUGGUCCGUACGCACCUCCUGGAAUGCAUCGGCCUGUGAUGCCCGCCAACCAACGCCAGCGCAGCGAUAGUGCCAGCAACGUCGCUCCGCUCAUGGCAGCGCCCGCCACGCCUGCAGUGUCAAGUCCAUUGACCGCUCUCGCUCCUGGUCCCACUGUGCCACAAGCUCCGAGUCCCCCAGCCGCUCCUGCGUCUGCUACUGCAGUGCUGCCGAUGCCAAGUCCCUUGGCCGCUCCGACCCCUGCUCCCACCACCGAGCUUCCAGCCCUUCCAACCUCUCUGCCGACUUCUCCGUCCGGCUCGAUUUUGCGAAAGCCUGUCCCCACCCAGAACGCUCAACCUGAAUGA